AUGGGCUGCUUCCGCGCCUGCUUCGGCGGCGGCGGCGACCGUCGGAAGUCGCGGAGGCGGUCGCCGGCGAGGCUCCCGCCGCGCCCGGACCAUGUCGCUCCGGUCGGCAAGGUCUCGUCGCCAGCAGAUGUGGUGGUGAAGGAGGCGGCGCCGCCAUCGCCAGCUGCGAGCGCUUUGGAGCCGCCGCCGCUGCUCGUGGAGGCCGCGGCGGAGGAGGCCGUCACUGCCGCGAGCUCCGGAACGGAGCAGAGGGAGUCGAGUGAGCAGAAAACUUUGACAUCACCACCGCUGACAGUGGAUGUUGAGGAGGAGGUGGUCACUGGCGCAGGCCCUGGAAGAGAGCUGAGGCAGUGGAGUGAGAGCAAGGGAUCGCCUGCGCGCUCUUUGCCGCAGGAGAAGACGGUCACACCACCUCUCUCCCCAGUGAGAUGUGCCCCCGUGGCAGCACCGGUUGUUUCAGCUGCUGAUACAGAAUUGGGGGAUGCUGGUGAAGAGGAUAGUCGCAGCGGUGGCAAGAAGAAGGUAACAUUCGACAUGAAUGUCACAACAUACGAAGAUACAUCGCUACCACCUGAUGAAGAAGGGGAACUUUCAGAACCUGCUAAGUGCGCGAAAGAUGAAGACACAGAACAGACGCAGAAGAGUGUUGUGCUGCCAGAGAAUCAUCGGUAUGGGAAUUGCACAGACAGUGAAGACGACGAAGAUGAGUACGCUGAGGAUGGCAACUAUGGUGAUGACAGUGAAGCGGAGGAGGAUUUCGUGGACUGCAAGAUUGACUUAGUGGAUGAGGAGGAAGCGAGAGCUGUGGAGAACACGGAGGAGUCUCAUGAGUCCCUAUUCUCACUGCCAAUGUCUAAUGAUCGUCAGAAUGACCUAGAAGUCAGCAGCCCUGUACCCAAGAGCAGUGUUACCCCUGCACAGGAAGAAAGCCCUUUAAUCCACGGGAACAACCACCGUGAUAGGAGCCAGUACGUCCGUCCUGUGUUGAACCCAGUUCAGAAUCUGUCACAGUGGAAGGAAGUUAAGGCCCAAGCAGGACCAGUUAAAAAGUUGUACAAGGAGAAUGUGAACUCGGUGCCAGAUGCUGGUGCAAGCCUUAGUUGUAAGGUUGCAAAGCAGACGAAGAUGGGCCCUAGCAACUCUGGCAAGGGAGAAGUUUCUGUAGAUGCAAGCCUCUCUACGUGGUUAGUUUCUUCAGAUAACUCAACAGUUGACAAGGCCCAAAGUAAAUCCCCCCGCUCCGUUUCCUCCGUAUGCAGAGAAGAAAGGCCUGUCCUGGGUGCUUUGACUGUUGAUGACCUUAAGCAAUCGUCAGCUACGCCAUCUCCAUGUAGGUCUCCAAGCCAUAACCGUGAAGAGGUGCCGAUCUUGGGUACGGUGGGAAGUUACUGGAGUAGCACAAAACAGGGUAAUGAGUACUGUUCUUCAAGGUCUGAUUCAGGAAGUACUGGAAUCCCCAAUACAACCAGCAAAUACAGAGAGGAUAGAAGGGUGAAUUGGCACUCGACUCCCUUUAAUGUCAGGCUGGAUAAAGCUCUGAAGAAAUCUUCUGCAUGAGUUUUGGCGCUGCUGCUAAAGAUUUUUAGUAGUUAUAUGUGUUGAGCUCCCUCCCACCUGUAAGAAAUACGCGUGGUGUGCAUUACCAAUACGCGUGGUUUGUCCCACUUUGUGUAGCAAAAGUCUUGUAGAUUCAGGGUUGUGUCCAAUUGAACUUUAUGUAUAUUGAAGGGAAGAUGUCUGUUCCCUUGUGCCGGAUAUAGAAGGGCCACAAAAUUGGCCUGUUUGCAUGAGUGCC